CUUUGCCCGACCGAGACUCAUCAAUAGUCCAAAGGUAGAGUAAUGAUGAGCACAUGAUCCAGACCACGGGCGGAGUAGGAAGUAGCCUGUUCCAGGCCAAGUAGGAAGGCGAAAGGCCCAAAGGAACAAGAUGUUUACCUCCAAAGCAGUCGUUCUUUUCAUGACUUUCCUGUUUGCAGUGAUCUCAUCUGUUUCAGGUAAUCUUUCGUUUAUGCAUUCUUUACAUGGGAGCCGAGUGAAAGUUGUUCUAUGUAGUUCAAUGCGCCAGAGUUAUUUGAUGCCUUGCUAGACACAUUCCAUGUAUGCAAUUUGCUUUUCGGCUAGGUAAAAAAUAUCUUGAGAAGAUUUGCAUUUUUUUUUUCUAUCAACUCCAGCGUCUAUUUCGUUGUCGAUUUCUUAAUUUCUCUCGACCUAUAAACGACAUAAGCUCAAGUUUAAUAGCUAGAGUUUUGGCUUUUUGAGUUCAUUUCUCCAGUUGUUACACUGUCAAAACGCAGACUUUGUUAUGAUCUUGCUCAGUGUUGAGUUUUCACCAUUUAACCUUUUAUGUUUUAACCGCUUUCUUAAAACAUUUGGUGAAUGUUAAGGGAAAGCCUACCUUAAUUUUGUCUACUCAGUAGAUCGCCGUGUUUUACGAAUUGCAGAGCAUAGUUUCUUGAGAACAUCUACCUAUAGGCUAUUUAGAGUUUUCUAUUUGCGUUCGACGUUAGGAGAACGCUUCGUAAUCUUUGGGGAUCCUGUGGUCGAUGGGAUACCUGUGCAUGCCAGGCGUGAAGAUUCGAGAUUUUUGGUUACUUGGACGGGCGAUGUUCAAAAUCUGCGCCAUUUUGAAUAAUUAUUAAGCGCGCGCACGAAUUUUAAGCCCAAUAGCCGGCCAAAGAAAUUGCGGGCUCACCUGGUGGACAUGCGCACACAACUAUUUUUUACGUCAUAAGCAAUUGUCAUAUGGCAAUCACGUGCAUCACUGGUUCCAUCAAGGUCAACUAGAUGAUUACACGGGAAUAUUUGAGUUCGGCAAAAGAAUGAACUUUGGAGUUGUUUUCUAAGCGGGUUUUAUCACUGAGCUGAUGAUUCUGCUAAACUUUUCGGUCAAUGCCGUUCAAAUCGAGCUGGAACUUCGUAGAAACACACAAAUAAAGACCAGGUAACAUUUGUGCCGUGAGAAGUUUACCCGUGCGUUUGAGUCUAUUUACAUAUUUGUAGUUUAACCUCUUUCAUGCACGAAAAAGUAAGCUUGAGCGUAUCAGUGCAGUUUGUUACAACUGUAAUGCUUUAUUCACGUCUGAUAUCUCUACGCGGGUAAUUUUGCAUGAUAAGUAUCUCGCUCGCUGAAGCAAGCUAAGUUUAAAACAUGUUGAACUGACCUACAUGAACGUAAAAUAAUCAUGAGAUGAAAAAAGUUUGCACAAUGGCAAAAGAUUCUGUCCGGUUCUCUGACAUCAGUAAUCUAGCAGAAACCUAAUAUGUUUCCGUCGCUCCUAUGAUCAUUGAUUUCACUUCAAGUUGUGUCACGCAAGAAGCCAAGACUUUUAACCUUCAAGGCUACCAUUUUUUCGAAGUUUGUAGUGACAUGUUUAUCUUUUUAACAACAAAGAACUUUUUACUAUCUACUUUACAUUUUUAUCGACCAUGCUUGAGGGAGAGUAAGACAUUUUAAGAGUAGAGAGUUAAUGAGUGAGAUAUUUUGAAGCCGUAUACGCGAAGAACAUUUUUUACGAAAAGAAUGUUUACCUUUUAAUUCAUGAUCUCUUCCAUGAUUUUGAAAUCAAGCUUGACGACACAAAAGCUAAUCUGGAGCUAAGAAAACUCGAACGCACUUAUUGAUCUAUGAUUACUACUAGUUAUAGAUGAUGAUAGGCUUCCAGUCUGAGACGGCUGUGUUUAGGAUGCUUGUACUGUGUAAGAUUCAAAAACUAGAGGUUACAAAUUGUGAAUGAAGUGCUGCAAGCAGAUACUUGGGAUAUUACUACGUCAUGUUGUAAUAAUCCGUCAUAGAAACAACAAGAAAGAAUUCAAUUCUUAUGUCAGGGCUGUAAUUUCGAUCAUUAUAAUGUCUCAAUAAGCAGGUUACACUUUUGCCUAAAAUAGAGACGCAUUAAUAAUGAUGAAUUUUUGUAAUUGGCUAUUUGUAGUCUUGCUUUUUCUUUUCGCCACUUUCAAGCUGUUUUUAAGGCACUCUUUUAACACUUUUUUCUUUGCGAAAGAACAAGAUAGAAAACGGCCCUUUACGAGCUGAAUAUGUGACUCGAAAACUGAAAUGAAAGUUUGCCAUCCGUGAUUCGUGAUUUGUAACUAUUUUGGUCCGUGAACCGUGCCAGAAACCCCCGAGUGUCCUACAGGGGUAUUCUCGUUAUACGUGAUUACCUGUUUUUAUUUUUCAUGAAUCGUGAAUUCAAUUGAAUUAUUCUUUGUGUUCCGUGACCAAAUGGUUGUCCGUGCACCGAGAAAAACUGGAAUUAAUAAUCGAUAUCCGUGAUAUUAUUUCUUAUUUUUCCCUGAUUUUCAGUUUCAAGGCUUCCGGAAGAUAAAUAAAGAAAGUGAAAGCAUCAAAUGAGAAUGAUGAAUUUUUGAAAGUUGCUAUUUGUAGUCUUGCUUUUUCUUUUCGCCACUUUCAAGCUGUAAGGCACUCUUUUACCACUUUUUUCUUUGCGAAAGAACAAGAUAGAAAACGGCCCUUUAUUACAAGCUGAAUAUGUGACUCGAAAACUGAAUUGAAAGUUUGCCAUCCGUGAUUCGUGAUUUGUAACUAUUUUGGUCCUUGAACUGUGCCAGAACCCCCGGAAGAUAAAUAAAGAAAAUGUUGAAAGAAAGUUGAUAAACAAAGAAAAUUGUUUUGACAGUUGUAAUGUAAUACGUUUAAGUUUUUGUUACAAAAAGGUUGGUUAACGUGAGAAGCCGGUUGUCAUGAUUGUUUUUCGUGCCCUUUGCUUUUGCUGGAUACAACAAAUUGUCUAUUAAUGGCUUCAGUAACGUCGUUUUAACAUUUCGAGGUCUAUGUUUCAAGGCUCUUGUGUCUUAAUCGCGUGUAAAAACCGAUUCGAAUGCAUUAUUAAAGUCUACACAAAGAAUACUGCGGAUCUGAACCGCCAUCCUUUUAAUAAUCAAUCCCAGGAACCUUUGUACAAUCAGAUUAACAUGUAAGCUAUACUGAAAGUAGACUACAUCCCUUCCUUUUUGGGAACACUAUACGGUCAGUAUAAAACAUGGACUUGAACUGCGGACUGGGUGUAAAACACGGACUAGGUAUAAAACGCGGACUGGAAAAUACCGACUGGGUAUAAAACACGGACUAGGUACAAAACGACGACUGCGGACUGGGUGGAAAAUACGGACUACGCACUACGUGGGUAAAACGGGUUCUAAUUGGUUCUAGGUAAGGAAAAAUAAGAUCAAAAGAUUGCUAAAUAGAAAGACUUGUGAGUUUAAGUCAUAAAUACACCGCCCAGUUCUCUGAAUCAUGAGCCUGACCAAAGUACUAUUCUCUACACCCAUUUUUAGACCUGGUCUCGGUCUCUAACAACCAUGAAAGUGGUCAGCACCGGGCGGGCUCCCUUAUAUAAGCCAUAUAGCCCCAAAAGGUAGGGUUUUUGGGCAUUUUUGGUCUGAAAACACUUUGCUCAUUUUGGUCUGGAUUCGAGUAGCCUCCCACGCAGACGUUCUUAGGGGUUCGUCACGCGUUCCUGCCCCACGAACGUCUGCUGACUUGAGCGAAAAAAAAUGUAGACCAAUCACAGCAGACUUCCAGAUCUGGGAAGUGCACUUUUGGACCUUGAGAAAUUUCGCGCUUGACUUUAUAGCUCCUGAAGAGAUUAGAAAGGUCUAUGAAAGGUGAGGACCUUAUUACAGUUUUAGAACAAACUACUCAGUUAACUCACAAGUGUUCGUACUAGAGGCUACCCUCACAAUCUCAUUGAAAAAUAUGAUAUGUCCUCAGAGGUUAAAUUUGCUGAAUGGAAGUCGGCUUUACUACAAAACAAUACGUGUGAAAAAAACUCUGCCUUUUGUUCAGUCUUACAGGGUAACCCCACCGUUGCAUCAUCCAAAGAACAACUUUAUGAGCAAACGACAUCUAAUCUAGCCUUUACAGAGAGAAAUAUACAAAAAGCCAACGCUUAUCUCCUAGAUUCUCGUCCGGAGCAAAAAUCUUUCACGUAUCACACUUCUACAGAGCUUGUAUGUAAGUGUUUGGCUUGUCAACAGUUUGACAUCAACAGCGCCGAUUGGAUCUCCGAUAAUCUGCAUGUGAUCUCCAGCUGAUAUUUGCGAACAAUGAGAAAGAAAUUUAUCUUUAGGUUCAGCAGACGUUCGUGGGGCAGGAACGCGUGACGAACCCCUAAGAACGUCUGCGUGGGAGGCUAGGAUUCGAGGGAACUACGGGAGCGUACAUGUAUAAACGAAUUUAUCUUUUCAAUUCCAAAUGAAUAAGAAAGAAAUAGAAAUACGCGAAUUAGAAAUGCAUUUGACGAAUGUUUUUGUUUGCGCUCUAAUCUGGUAAUGAUGGCAUAAUUUUUGCCCAAUUAGGCCUAGCCUGUUCCAGGCUCCGAGAUAGUUGGGUCCACUGAAUUGAGAAAGCGCGAACACGAAAAUCAAACGGGAGGAAACUGGGGAGCCUCCCCCACUAUAUGAGAGCCUGGAACAGGCUAAAAUAGACCAGGUCUGAAAAUUGCUAUGGAUUUUAGAGAUCGGACUGAAAACGGGUGUUGAAAAUGACAUUUUUUUUUUUCUGAAAUCGGGUCAGGAUUUGGAGAACCGGGCGGCACACCCCUACCAAGAAUUCCCCGGAAAACCCCCCUCAGGGGGCCAGGAGCAGGUUGUAAAUCAUGUCAUCGUAAUCAUCGCAUAGAAUAUAACGUUGGAUGAUUCAUUUCGGUUAUUAUUCACGUAUAGGUGAGUAAUCUCUCCGCCUAAAUACUGCUUUUUUACAUCGGUGAAUGUCCCUAUAUUGACCUUCUAGUCUGAGUUCUUCAUUUCCUCGUAUUCCCAAGCUAAGGCUUUAUUUGAAACGGAACUGGCUUCUAUAAGAAUUUUACUCUAACUAACACCAAUAUUUUUUUAUUCGGUGCUUCUUAUUGGUUUAAAACUAUAAAUUGAAUUCUCUUCUAAAUCCUUCUUUUUAUAAAAUUCAGAGUUUAAUUUCAGUUGCCUUGAGAAGCGGCAUAACCUUCCUUGCCCGUGGAGUAUGCUUUUCUCACAUGACACUGACGUUGGGGAGAAUAGACUGCGUGACCAGCUAAAGGAAUCUUUUGUGUGUGAAGCAAGGAGCUACGACUACUGUUUUAUGCUAGUCCGCUUUCCGUUUCUCUCAUUUUUACCUUUCUAAAGCCGUUUUUAUAUACUAGUCCGUAUUCCGCGUUUAUACCUAAUCCGUGUUUUAUACUCAGUCCGUAGUCCUCAUUUUACACCUAGUCCGUGUUUUAUACCCAGUCCGCAGUCAGUGGUCCGCGGUCCGCAGUCAAUGUUUUAUACUGACCGUAAUUAAAAUGAUUUAAACAAGCUCAAGAUUUAUAAAAUAUCCACUUGAGAAACUUUUUAAUCUGAUUCGAUUCUACAAUCUGGAAUAUUUCCUACAUCAGGGGAGUAAUGGCCGGAACAAUCACUGCCUUGCAUAAAUCUGAAAACAAAGAUGACCUUUCAAAUUACAGAAGUAUUUGCAUUAGCAGUUGUCUCGGCAAAGUCUUUUAAAUACGAGAUUAUUAAACUUUUCAAACAAACAUAAAAUACUUCAUCGCUUCCAAAUUGGCUUUUUGCCCGGACAGCGUACGUCUGAGCAUAUCUUUAAUUUAAAAACGUAAAUAGACCAACAUGUUACCCACUCCCCAAAAGGAAAAAUUUAUACUUGUUUUGUUGAUUUUAAGAAGGCAUUUGACUCAAUUUGGCAUCAAGGUUUACUAUACAAACUGUUGAAAUAUAACAUAGGUGGCACCUCAUUGAAUAAUUUCCAACAUGUAUCCCUAUUCAAUAUGUUGUGUGAAAGACAAUUAUACUCGAUCAGAAUUUUUCAAUUAUGAUAAAGGUGUUCGACAAGGCUGUAUUCUGUCCCCGCUUCUUUUUAACCUUUAUCUAAACGAAUUACCCUUCAUUCUAAACAACAAUGCUAAAGAUUCUAUCUUACUAAAAGACGGUUCUCACUUAAACUGUCUACUACCAUACCGAUGAUUUACUUCUAGCAUAUGUAACUCGGCAGAAGGUUUGCAACAAAGUCUUGACAGACUAUCAAAAUACGGCCAGGAUUGGCUUCUUAAGAUUAAUCCAACUAAAACAAAAGUUAUUGUAUUUCAGAAAGAAGAGUAGUAGAAAAUCAACAAUGGAUAAAGACAAUUUUAUGGUUAGCAAGGAACACUUUGAAAUCGUCAAUAAUUAUACCUAGUUGGAGUGAAAUUUUCUGCCAAUGGAAAUCUUACAAAUCACAAGGAAAACUUCACAGAAAAAAACAAAGAGGUCCCUUUUUGCCGCUCGUCGUUAUCUAGAUGUUCUAAAAUUACCAAUUUACAUCAUCAACAAACUGUUCAAUACACUAUUUUUUUCCAAUUUUAACGUAUUGCUCCGAAGUUUGGGGAAUCUAUGAUAAAAGUGAUCACCAAGAACUUUUUGAAAGUAUUGUCAUAAAUCUUACCGAGACACGUCUGGCAGCAGUCAUUUUCGGUAUUAGCACCCUAAGUGGUACCAAUCCACAAAUUUAAACCCCUAAAAGGUACGACGAGCACCCCCGACACUUUUAUAGGGGAGUACCCCCGGGACUUCGACAUAAUCGCAGAGAUGCCAACCUCUGAAGAUCUAAAAUCUGGAGACGGAGACGCUCUUUUUGCACUACCACCCCCCGAAAUUUAAACGCCCCCCUCUCCAACCCCCGACAAAUAACUCAGCCCCCAAUGGGAAUGAGUAAGGACGUUAAAUGAAGUCUUACAUGAAGUACAUACUAUCAAAAAUCGCAAUCAUCGUUUUUAUGCUAGAAAUAAUAAUAAUAAUCUUUGUCAGUGUAAAAAAAAUUCACGUUUUGAGCUAAAAAUGGGCUAAAUUUCAAACCUAGGCACAGAAAAGCUCAAAAGAUGACUUUAUCGGGGAGGUAUGGUGACCCGUACGGGAGAGCGGGAAAUUGGUGCCGUAUCCGGGAGAGUUGGCAUGUACAAUAAUCGUCUUCUGACCGCAGUACAUGAGUAAUCAGUACAUGAGACUGUUAUGCUGUUUUUGAAGCCUGAUGUAAAAUUUUUUGUUUUGUUUGACUUGUUACUCACCGCCAGUAACUUCAUAUUUGACUUGGGUCUAAGCGUUUAGAGCAUAACUGGGGUAAUAUCUCAAAGACAAUUAAAUUUUGCCCCGAAAUGCUAGGUUUUGGCAAGUAGGCCUCUUGGAUAUUGCUCUUUUCAGAAUAUCCUGACAAAUGCCAUUAUUUCACAAAUUGACACCUAUCAUAUAUCAUUUCUUACUAUUCCUCCGCAAUUGCAAUUAAUUCCACAACCACAACGCCGAAGUGUACGCUCCAUACCUCCUUGUUGUUAUUUUAAUCGGUAACACCUGUACAAAAGGGUAAUACUGGUUGUUGUUGUUGUAUUAUUUACAUAUUUAGCGCACAUAUCUGCUCAACUUAACUCAACACUAUUUUCUUUUAUUGUAUCAGGAGUUCCCGUCCCAUAGUAUUUUAGAUUAUUGAACUAUUUAUUGCUAGUAAAUGGCUUAUUGCCAAGAGUUUGACAAUAUUUUUGCCCUCAGUUGUCGAGAGCCAAAGAAGAUGUCAAGCAAAAUUCCGUCAGCGUGCAUGAGAUAAAUAAGGGUAACACUGAAUGAAGCAUAAUUUCAUCGCAGAUUUUCGGAAAAGGAGGUGAUUUCUUAAAAUGUUAUCGAGCAAAAUGGGUCAAAAUGAUCUCAACAACAAGUUCUUUCACGUUCGAACCCUAAAAGGGACAGAGUCCAAAAUCUUCACGUGCAAACCGCGUGCGUGACAGCUAUUUUUAGACCCUUAGGUUAAUUAGAUUAAGUUGUAUUCUCUAUAUACACGAACCACGAAAGCGGCAAAUUCCAAAGCUUUCAAGUGCAAACUGCGUGACAAUACCGUCCGGCAAGCGGAUCCCAGCUAUCCGGGCUAGCUGGGUUGCCAUAUAAUGGCAAAGUUGAUUUUUGUUUCGUUCAACUAAGGUCCGGGAUCUCUGCAACACGAGCCAGCCCCGGCUCAUAUGAUCAGGCCCUUAGUUGUAAAGCCUUUUUUUACGCCCUCCCCCUUGACCUCACCGAUUUUUCAAAGCCCCCGAACACGCACACAAAAUUCCAGCCCCACUCGCUAAACAUCUUCAUACCCCCUUGUCUAUAUUACAUAAACUUUCCCUUAUCCACGUUCUCUCCAGAUAAAUAUCAAUAAUAACCGAAAAACAAUCCUAAACAGAAAGGCUGGCAAUGUUCAAAAAAGUAUAAGUAUGGUUUUGACUAUUGACAAGAUCUUUCACAACCACCACUUCAUUUCAACAGACUGUAACUGUACACUCCACUUCAUAACCAAAUUAGCACUCUCACAGCUACCUCAUUGUAACACCUAAAAUCACUUUAACCUUCCAAAAAAUCUUUUUUUGUUACUUCAUAUGCAUAUUAAAUUCUACGUGAAACCAGUUUCACUGAUUAACAAACUAGAGGCAUUAUCUUACCAAUCCACGUCCAAUACAGCAUCUCAACCAACCCCUAAAGUAUACAACACUACUGGACUACUCACACAACCCUAAUUCACAUUUUAAAAAAACUUCACGCUAGCGUUGUACAUCGACGCCCAAAUGUACGCUUCCACAGCGUCUUUUUGUCUACACAAGCACACUACAUCCCUUGCUUUUUCAGAACACUAUUUACAAGGGAAAACAUAAAACGAACUUAGAAACUACGAGGAAAAACCAGAAAAACUUCUUAGCUGCACAACUAGUGUAAACUUGACUGCAAGUCACGUAGUUCAAUAAUAACACUAACGAAGUAAGUUGACACAGCAUUCCUUUACUUUCACCAUCCGUCUCGAGAUCCGUCGGUAAGUAGGACUCUCUGCUCGAACGUCUUCUUUAACAGGCAGAGAAACGGUUCGACUCGGCAGUUGUGGCGUGUUCAGUAUUUCUUUUUAACUGAACACCCUCAGGAGAUUUGAUAAUAAUGCUGCUGCCAUUCCUGCUAACAACAUCAUACGGUUCUGGUGCAAAUGGUGUCGACAGUUUGUUUUGCUUCUCUUGUUUUAGCAGUACUCUGUCACCUGGAACCAGAUUUGAAUACUCUGUAUGCCUCUUCUUGUCUUCUUAGCUUUUGCUUUCAUUUCUUCGUCUCUGUCUUCCACUUCACUCGCUACACUGUCUUCUCGGAAUUCAGGUAACUUGGUCCGGAUUUUUCUUCCAAACAGAAGUUCUGCUGCACUCACUCCGGUGGUGGUGUGAUGAGUCAGUCUGUAUGCUAUCAAGUAACUGCGAACUUCUUUCUUCCACUUUUUGCCUUCAGCUUGCGCGAUCCGCAUCCUUUUCAAAAGAGGUCGAUUCUACCUUUCCACCUCGCCGUGUGCUUGGGGCCAUAAUAGCGUGCUCUUCCUGAGUUCGAUACCACAGCCUUUCAAGUAUCUUUCAAACUCACUUAAGACGAACUACGGCCCAUUGUCACUGGUUAUUGAUAGUGGUAAACCAUGAAUCAUGAAGAUUCUCUCCAGACUCUCAAUGAUCUUCUCAGAUGUUGUGGAACACAUGAUCUCAAUUUCGUACUAUCUGCUGAAGUAGUCAACACGACUAACAUGGAGUCACUUGACGGUAAAGGACCUAAUAAAUCCAGGGCCAAGUCUUGCCAUGGACCUCGUGGUAAGGGGGUUGACUUGAUUGGUUCAGGGUGGGCAGUUCUGCUUACUAGCUGGUAUCCAAAACACGUGAUGCGAAAUCUUUCUGUGCCUUUGUCAAUCCCGGGCCACCAUACCUUUGAUCACAACCUCUUCAUCAGACUAACAAUACCGGGAUGCCCUUCAUGUGCCAGCGUAAGGACUCGUGGUCUCAGCUUACUAGGUAUUACAAUUCUGGUGCCACGGAGGAUUAGCUUGCCAAUCACACACCGUUCACUGGCUUCAGAUAUGUAUUGCUUGAGGUGGCCAUCCCUCCAGGUUCCGCUCUUUAUACGGUGACGCAGCUCACUGAAUUCUUCAUCUUCUGCUGACACUCCUUCAAGCUCGCGUGUUGUCAUCGCGCGGAGUAGCGGUUACUACCCCAAAUCUGACAAAUUAAUCUGAUACUUUGUGCGCUGCCGAAGGACCUGCUUGAUUUUCUGCUAACUGUAAGCGGGAUAAGGGAUCUGCAAUGUUCUGCUCUCCUGGCAAGUAUUUAACUUUGAACCUGAAAGGUUGUAGCCUCAGGAUCCUCAGUUCUUGCGUACAGCUUUGAUCUGCUUUUAGCAUAUUGUCUCAAAUGGCUUGUGAUCUUUGUACAGCUCGAAUUCAAUGCCGUACAGGUACACAUGGAAACGUUCGCAAGCCCAAACAACUGCCAACGCUUCUUUCGCAGUUUGAGAAUACCGUUGUUCUACUGCACUCAAACUUUUCCUUGCACCACUAGUAACUCUCUUUCUUCCUUGUUGUUCUUGAAUAAGUACUGCGCCGAGACCAACUGGGCUUACGUCUGCUAUAAUACGUGUUCGGGCAUCUUUGUAAAAAUAUCCAAGGGAUUCUGCACUUACUAAUCUGCUCUGCAGCUCAAUGAAUGCUCUUCUCUGCUCAUCUCCAAACUGAAAACACACCCCUUUCUUUGUUAAGUUACGCACAGGUUCAGCUACUUUGGAAAAAACUGGGAUAAACUGCGCAUUGUAGUUAGCUAGUCCUAGGAGGCUUCUAACUUCCGAAGCAUUCUGCGGGUCUCUUACCUCAACAUAAACCCAUAAACACUAGUUUGGUCAUGUGAAACUUGCACUUUUCUGCAUUUAGUGUCAGGUUUUUCUUUCAAUUUCUCCAAAACUCGCUUUAACCUCUCAUCAUGCCCCUCAGUGGUUUUCCCAUGCACAAUUAUGUCAUCUGAGAUAUUUGCAACUCCCUUACAGUCACUAACCGCUUGCUGAAUAACCUGCUGAUACACACGUCUGGGGCUGAACUUAUUCCAAACAUCAGGCGCUUAUAUUGAAACAAUCCACAAUGAGUGAUGAAGUUAGUUACGCUACGGGAAUGUAGAUUGAGUUCUAGAUGAUGGUAACCCUGCUUUAAAUCAAGCUUGCUAACCACUGUGCUUUGGUUGAGGCUGAUUAUCGCUUCAUUGGCUCUACGCAUGUCCACAAAAAGACGAAUUUCAUCAUUCUGUUUUGAUACCAGCACAACCGGACUAACCCAUGGUGUCGGUUCAUUUACUGGCUCAAUAAUAUCCUUGCUUACAGUUCCUCGACCUUUUUCUUCACCUUGUCACGGAGGCUGAACGGAGUGCGCCUGACUGGCUGAGCCACCGUGGGUACAUUGGGAUUCACACGUAACUUGACCUGAUACCCUUUUAACUUCCUCUCACCAUCAAACACUGACAUGAUCGCUUUAUUGGACUACAGCGUGCGUAUAAACUGGAACACCUAACUUCAACACUCCAAAUUGCAGCUUGAACUUCAUUCCCAGCUACUUUCGGCGAUGCUCAAAAUGUCCCCAAAACUUUUAGCGGCUCACUGCUUCCGUACGCCUCUUGUCACACUUCGUGGUUACGAAGGAUACACAGGCAAUCUUCUGCCGCUUUAGCUCACUCCAUAGGUCUUUAUAACCUAACAAAAGUAAAGCGUGCGCUCUGAUUGGUCAGUUAGCCAUCUACCAUUUGCCAGUGGGUGCGCGCCAAAACACUGAGCUAGCGCGGUAAAAUUGAGGUAAAUUCAGCAAAUCUCCUCUCCUGUCAGUAAAGUGCACCGAUGAAAUGUACAAAUGAAAAGUGGAACUGAAGAAAAUACUCAGUUGUCGUUUUGAAAAAGAAAAAGUUAAAAGAUCAAGCGACAAAUUUGCCAUGGAUGAAUUUAUCACUUUUUUUUUCGCGGUUAGUUUCGGCAGAAGAAAAACCGAAUGAGCAAAGAUUUAAGGUACAGUUUGUGUGUCGUUAUAGAAGAGAAAGUCUGUUUUGAAAUGAAAAUUUAUCAGUUAGCAUUGUGUUAUUGACAUUUUAGUCGAACUGAUGUUAAAUUCAAGCAAAUAUUUUAGGAACCACGCUCAGAUUCCAGACAGCUUUGUUGUGUAGUUUUCAUCGCAUCGAUUAAAAAUUUCAGUUGAGUUACGGACACAUUACGCUGGAAUUGUAAAGAAAAUUUCAUUUGAGUACAGAAAAAUUUUGUUUUCAAUUAAAUUUUUCAAAAAUGACUUCUCUGUUUAUUAUUUUGUUAAUGUUCAUUCAUAACAGUAGCUCAAAGAACGGUCGUAAAACAACAGCAUCUAAAUUGCUCAAGCAUCGCUUCAGCGCCGGCUGUGUGGGCGAAUUUUUGCAAUUUUGACUUUCAGCUCGAUUUCCCCGGACAAAUCUCGAUACGAAGAUAGUUAAUUUCGUUUUAAAGUUAGUGUUACGUGAGUUACCUAAGGGAAAUACAGUCAAUUUUUCUCAUUUCUACGUUAUGAUUAUUGCAAAAAUUGUUUUUUAGAGUCUUUUUUUAGUUAGGGUCAACUACUGUUUUACAACAGUAAUUUUCUGAUUCUUAAUAAAUCUCGCAAAGCAAAUUAAAUUUUAGUUUUGUUUCUAUCUCAUAUGGCAACCACUAAAAUAAUACUGAAAAGAAAUCGUUUUGUGAUGCUUAAUCGAGUUGUCGGAGAACCCGGUAAUCCUUCGGGCUAGAAGGCAAAUUUUCUAAUCAAGCGGGCUUUUAAAUAGUCGCACAGUUCCUAGCUCACAAGCCAGUACAUUUUGUUUCGUUAACUAAUAGAUUCAAUUUAAUUUAUUAUGUUCAAAAUUAUUUAAAAAAAGAUCGUGUCCUGUUUUAGCAACAAUACUAUCGGCUGGCCAACGGAAGUUAAGUAAGAUUAACCAACAACUAAUCGUGAACCUUCCUGCUGGCAAUACGGCUGUUUGAUAAACACUAUUAUUGUGUUGAUACCGUAGGUUGCAAAUUGUAAGCUAAGUGCUGCGAGUAGAUACUGGGUAGUACUCCAUCACAAUGUAUAUAAAUCUCUUAUAGAAACAACAAGAAAAAUGGUUCCAUUUUCGAGUCGGGGCUCUAAUUUCAACCAUGUCUAAAUAAGUAAAUUCCGCUUUUGAAACCAAAAAUUUGGCAUCAUUUUUAACUGCAAUCAUAUUUCCAAAUGCAACCACCUCCCCCCAACGACUCUGCCAAAUGAUAUAACUUGACAGUAUAACGUGACCAAAAAUUUCUAAACAAUCUUUCAUCUUACCAGAAAGUUCCCAAAAAUAAUGUUGUUUACGUUUAUAAAACGUAAUUGGGUCAACUUUUGGUUUUACAGCAGUAAUUAUCUGCUUCUUUAUAAAACUCGUUAAGCUCUUGCUGUCUGAUGUGACAUUCAGGGAGAUUUGCAGUCAUGGUUUGGAAGAGAAAACACAUCAAUAGGUAUAAAAUUCAAGAUAAACUGAACAAAAACCUCAAAGGGGAUUCAUUGUAACAUCUUUUGAAGGACAGAUUGCAAAAGUACAGUACGUUAGCUGUGAACGCAUCCUCAUUUGAUGGCUGCCUUCCGGAAAAAGGCACUGCGAACGGAUCGAGAGAAAAAGUACCCAGGCCCCACACGGCACGAAAAAAAGAUCAUCGUUCCAUCUCGAAAAAAAUCUUCGUCGAAGAAUUGAGAGAUGAAACCAAAUAUAAAGUACCCAGGCCCCACUCGGACUGUCACAAAUUGUGUUGCUGCUCGCUAAGGCCCGCAGCAAUGAAUACCUCGAAACCUUCCUUUAUGAAGUUAACAAUUUACAGUUUCAUGAAAUAAAUCAAUUUAUUAUAUAGACACGAGUGUUUUACUAGAAAAUAUACCACUUAUAAAAUUCAUAAAAACUACAUCCGGGACCCGAGUGGUUUAUUUUCCAUAAUCUCACACGUGAGUUUAUCGAUGACGUAAUUUCGGUCAUUUCCCUCUAUUAUUUUAUCGAUGUCUUUUUGUCUAUAUAAUGAAAAGAACAUUACACGGCUGUGCGCUCGUUCGUAAAAUAUUGUUUUGCCACUCGAAAAUAAAAUUCAUAUCUUCGCGCCACCGUGUAAUAUCCUCUAUAUACAGCCGUCUGUAAACAUUAUAGAGCUUCGCAUAAAUUUGUUACCUUUCGACACCAAGAGCAAAAAAUCUGUGUUUUAUUACUUUGCACAUUGGCUGCAUCGCACUUACCGUACUCAAUAUUUUUACUGCAGUUGUUUAUUUGCUUUUUAGGUCGCCCAUGUGUAUUGAAAUAGUUAGUUUAUUGAGCUAUUUUGAAAUAUAGUUUCCACGAAGUAAAACUCCACAAUAGCACGUAACUCGAUAAACUUACACGGUCUCUACCAACUUGAAUAAACACUGCUUUCGUCACACUUGACUAAACACGACUAACCCCGAACUCUCUUCGCUUGUGAAAACUAGUUAAAACUUAACUCGGACUCGCCUACUUAUAUACUUUCACAUUCUAGAACUUUCCAAAUAGUCUAAUUAUAGAAAGAUUACAAUAUAUACCGCUUUAGAAACGCUUACACAGGAUCCAAAAAUAAACGAACUAUGAACUCUCGCGAAGCUUCUAAAAAGUCACGCUAGUCACGCAAUACAAUUUUUCGUAACAUAGCAUAUGUAUCUUUGUGGCUUUCUGCGUUCGGAUAUGUGUUGCAGGGACAAAUAAGGUUGAAGGUACUAUGAGCUGAUGCUAGGAUUCAAUGAGAUUUUGCAAUCUAAACAUGACAUUGCUAAAGCUCACACAACAGCACUUUGAGACCGCCAUUUUGGUUGUUCAAUAUUUUUUCGUCUUUUAUAACGGCUAAAGGUGUUUACAAGCAAAAAAUUUAAAGUCUGGGAGUCAGAAUCCGCAGAGUCGCUUUAAUUCACCAGCAUCACUAGAUCCGUAAUGGUCAUCUCUAAGGGCUGGUUUUUACUAGCGACGGAGUCGGAGUCGGAGUUGUAAGUCAUUUUCUUCCGACUCCGCUUACGACUCCGUCGCUUACGUUCUGCUUAUGAUCUAGUGAAAACUAGAUUGUCGGAGUCGGAAGCAGAAGCGGAAGGAUAAGCAAAUCAAAAUGCACGUUCCCAGGCUUUGUUUCUGCUUCCAACUCCGAGAAUCUGGUUUUCACUAGAUCAUAAGCGGAACGUAAACGACGGAAUCGUAAGCGGAAUCGGAACGCUGUUUUCACCAGAUCAUAAGCUCGACGCUUCUAAGUACGACUCCGACUCCGUCGGUAGCGAAAACCAGCCUUAAAUGCCAGCAUGAAAUGCAACGUAAAUGACCAGAUAAGCAAAAAGCCCCUGCGGUCACCCUACAGAUCAGUAUGACCUGAUAUCAUCUCAGCACUCAGGGGCGGAUCCAGGGGGAGGGUGCAGGGGGUGCGCCCCCCCUCCCCCCACCUGGGAUGACCUGCGGCCGCUUUCUAAUUAACACUGUGCAGUCGCUUGACAGACAUACAAAAUCUGCUCUGUCGUUUGAUAUUUAUUCUCAGCAGUUCACAUUAUGUUAUUUCCUAGUCGUAUUCGCUUUUAAAAUUUUUUACGUCAUCGGUCAGUAAGUGGUGCACCCCCUCCUAAGAAAAAUCCGUGAUCGGCCCCUGGCACUGACGUGUGCCGACUACUGGACUUGUGAAUAACCUCGGGGACUAACAAUUCCCCAGCUGUGGCUUCCACUCAGUGGAAGUCAAUGAACAAAUUCAAUACAAUUGUUUAUUUAGACCAGUAGACAAGUUUCUGUUUCAAACUUAUUACUGAGUACUGAUAGAGGCCAAGAAUAGGAAGAUCAUGUAAAAGAGAUCAAGUUGGGAACGGAAAAUAAUCCAAAGUUUCUGACAAGAGUAAAAACUUCUUUUUUCAAUUUGCUCGCCAUACCUUUUUUUUUUACAAGAAUGCCAACGUUGCCAGUUAUAGUCCAGAUAUUUCCGUACCAUCAGCAUUGUUUAUUUGUGUUUAUAAAAAGGUAUUGACUUAAUAACUCAAGUACAACCAAGGAUAUCUCCCUUGUACUUUAAUAUAUUUUAAGGUAUAAAUUCCUAUGAAAUAUGAUACAUAAUAGAAACACAAACUUUGUUUUAUUUAAAUGUUUCCCUUGAUAAUACAUUGAAAUGCGAUUUUAAUAUUAUCUUUUAGGUAUAUCAUUAUCAAAACCAGAAAAUAGAAAUGCAUCAAAUAUCUUGAAAGAAACAAUCGACAGGUCGCAUUCUCAACUUGCAGUCAAACCUGUGGAAUAUGUAACGUCAAAAAUAUUGUCUUCAAAACCACAAGAGCCUAAUAAAACCUUGUCCUUUGGUCAGAAUGAUACUGGUCGUAUUGUUUCUUCCUUUGGAGUUCCAUCUUUAUCGACCAAAAGAGAGUAUUCCUUCAAAAGUACAGUAAUGUUCGAUACGCCAACUUCAGAAUUUGAUAGGUUUGGUGGACAUCUAGAACACGUGGUACUGCAUUGCAAUUCUCUCACACUUUCAAAUAUCAAGUACUUAAUAAGUGAUGUCGACCAACCAGUUGAGACAAAGAUUAUUUCAAUGAUGAUAGCAUCUAUUGCCGUUGGCUGUCCAGACACUGCCGGGUUUCUAAGCUGUUUAUUGGUUGACAGGAAACAAAACUUUUCACGUAUUAUUGAAAGCCCGCAAGAAAACACUACUGCUCCAUGCGACGAACACAAAGCUGAAAAAAUUAAGAUGUCUCUUAGUUUCAGUCAAAGGUACAAGACACUAUACGAAUUACUGUCACCAGCCCUAUUUCUUUCCCUAAAAUGUGAUAGCCUUGGACAGAAAGAAUUUAAAAGUCUUUUAUAUGAUUUUAAGCAGAAUAACGCUUCAAACGUUAUCAAUAGCACUUACAAUGGAACAACUAUCGCGAACACCUUCAGUCAGGCUUCAAGAUAUAAAUGUGGUCGUAUCAUGAAUUACCUUAAGGAACGCAAAUUUCAAAUGUUAAAUGCAGAAAAACUCGUGUACGAAAUGCUUGCAAUCAACGAAGCACACAAAAGAGGAAAAAGAGAAACUGGUAUCAAUAAUAUUUACAAGUAUUUUAAAGUAAGCAGAAAUUGCGCUAUUUCACGUCCUUUAGGCGUGUUAUUGAACCCGAUUUCAAAAGAUGACUGCCUUCAGCUUUGCUUAGAAGAAGAAGGUUGUAAAUCAGUUGGAUAUAUGAAAGACAACUUACAGACCUGCCAUAUGAAUUCUGAAAACAGAAAAGAUGUUGGCAAAUUUUUCUAUUGUGGAAAAGUAGAUACAGCGUCAUGGGAUUAUUAUGAAAAGAUCAAGCCCAUUGAUUACUUUUUAAUUUCUAGUAAGAUGACUGCAAAGGUACUGGCAGUCAGACCAGACUAUUCCGUCGUUUUGAAGACGUAUAGUGGAGACGACAACCAACUGUGGUAUUGGGACAAUGGAGCUAUUCGUUCGAAAAACAUCGUCAUGCAUUUUACAGUUGCAUGUGUCUGACUAUGAAAGAUCUGGCUGGGGUAAGGUUUACAUAUCAUCAAGACGAAGUGGUAACAAUUUUCUAUGGAACUUCGAAAACAACCAGUUAACAUCUCAAUACAAAAAUUUGAAGUUAGAUGUAAAAUAUAGUCACACGUAUGACGGAGCACUUGUUGGCGUUUACCCAGGAACUGGGUAUAUGAAUCAAAAAUGGAGUCUUAGUUUGGACAGAUUUUAUUUCAUUAUAACAAGCAGACAUUCCGGCAAAGUUUUGGAUGCAAGUCUUGACGAAAGUAGCACUGGUAAAGUUAUCUUAUGGUCAUAUCAUGGCAAGGAUAACCAAUUAUGGUUUUGGGACGAUGACAAUAUUAGAUGCAAACAAUUUCCGGAAAAAGUACUUGAUCUCCAUAUGGCAAAUUAUGAGGCAAACAACUGGGGCAAAGUUUACCUACAUCCUUACAACACGGGUAACAAUCAACGAUGGAAAGCUGAAGGUGACCAGAUAAUUUCAAGUUACAAAAACGUACGCUUAGAUGUUAAACAAAGCAGUACUUCUGAUGGAGCGUUGGUAGGAGGAUACAGAAAUCACGGAGGAGUAAAUCAAAGAUGGACCUUUUCAUCUUCAAGGCCAUACUUUUUUAUAUUAAACAAAGAAUCUGGAAAAGUAAUGGAUGCUGUAAGUCCAGCAUCAAUUAAACUAUGGCACUACACUAACAGUGAUCAGCAGUUAUGGUUCUGGGAUGGUGAGGUAAUACGAAACAAAAAGUAUGCCAACAAAGUAAUUGACCUUCAUAUGUCAGACUAUAACAAAUAUCGGUGGGGGAAAAUAUUUCUGCACCCAUUUAACGGCGGACAGAAUCAAAGAUGGGACUUUGAGAAUAACUAUCUUUCAUCUGAAUUUAAACAUCUAAGUGUUGAAGUAAAGGAUGGGAGCCAAGCAGAUGGAUCUCAAAUAGGUGCAAAGAAUGGAAAAUACCAAAAGUGGAGUUUACAACCAGAACAUGACUUCUUCACGCUGUCAAGCAGAAUGCAUGCUAAGGUCUUAGAUGCACCCUCUGACAAUAAGGUGCUCAUGUGGUCAUUUCAUGGAUUAGAUAAUCAAUUGUGGUUCAUGGACGAAAAAAGCAUUAGAUCAAAGAAAUACCCAAACAAGGUCCUUGAUUUGCAUAUGGAAAACUACAAAAAGCGUGGUUUUGGUGAUGUUUUUCUCCAUCCUUUUCAUGGAGGACCGAAUCAGAGAUGGAAUCUUGAAGGGGAUAAUAUCAUUUCUGAUUACCAAGGCUUACGUUUAGACAUAAAACAAAGUAAUUAUGACGAUGGAGCGCUUGUAGGUGGAUACAGAAACACUAGUAAUAUUAACCAGAAAUGGAGCAUGAAUCCAAAAGAAAGGAUUUACUUCAUAGUAAAAGGAAAGGCAAGUGGAAACGUUUUAGACGCCGCAACCGAUACAAAGGUUCAUCUUUGGCCCAAGAAUGGAAAGGAUAACCAGUUAUGGUUUUGGGAUGGAAAUUGCAUCAGAUCCAAACAACAUCCAAAUAAAGUCCUAGAUUUACGCAUGACUGAUUAUGAGAGGGAAGGAUGGGGGAAAAUUAUUCUACACAUUUACAAUGCUGGACCAAAUCAGCGUUGGAGCAUUAAUGAUGAAUUUAUUAUUUCAAAAUAUCGUCAACUUAGAAUGGAUGUAUUUGAUGGUCGUACAAGUAAACGUUCAUUAGUUGGUGGCUUUCCGUACACCGGAAAUGACAAUCAAAAAUGGAUCGUUACUGUGCAUCAGACGUCAGACUCAAGCUGUUUAGAUGAGACAGAAUCAGACAUAUACAAUGUUGUUCAGUAUAUUCCAUUUGUCGGAACUGUUUGGGAUCAAUUUUCGUCCAUUGGUUAUGCUAGUGCUGGAUGCACAAGUGUUGCAGAAGAAAGAGCCGUAUCUUAUGCAAUAGGGGCUGCUUUGGAUGUUGCAACAGCAUUGACCUGGGGUGCUGCUGUAAAAGCAACAACUGCUGCGAGGAUAGCUAUCAAAGUCGGUAUAAAGCUUGGAGUGAAGCAAGGACUGAAGGCAGCUGCUGUUGUAACUAAACAAUCUAUUAAGAACGCUUUCAAAACGGUAGCAAAGCAAGGGUUCAAGACUGCUGUAAAGACAGGCCUCAAAAAAAGUGGAAAAUUAGUGAUCAGAGAAGUAAUUGUCGAUCCUGCAUUAUUUCUGAAAAACGUAGGAAAAAUAAGCAAGAAAAUGUUUCUCCAUCCGAGGAGGACAUUAAAAGGAAUAUGGAAAACAGCGGGUCGUAAUAUUGAUGAUCUGAAACGUCUCAUGAAGCGUUUGAAAGAUGAUCCAUCUUUACCGAAACUAAGAUGUACACGUGGUAGUGUUAGCAGUUGCUUAAAGCGUCCAAAAUCACUUUACGGUACCCAAAAACACGAAAAUAUGUUCAAAUCACUUGCUGAUGAAAAAGCUGCAUCAGAACGUGUGGGGCGUAGUGCGCGGAGAUUUAUGACAAAGAAGUCCGGAUCAUUUAAAGCAGAAUUUUCAGAGGCUCCAGAAAGCGUUAAGCAAAAAUUUAACGCUCUUGAUUCUGAAAUUGAUAAAGCUGAAAGAUGGGCGGUUUACCAAUACACAAAAGAAGCAGGCCCUAUCAACAGCUUUGCAGGAAAUAUUAAAAAAAGGCAGCCUUUGUUUAGAGAUAGUGAUCCAAUUACUAAAGAAACAGAGAGAGGAUUAUUGGAUUCUGUAGACGAGGCUCUCGAUCAGGCUGAUUUAAUUCAGAGUUACCUGAAGAAAAAUCCUAUAAAAAAAGAGAUAAAAGUUUACAGAUGGGAGCAAGCUAUUGAAGAAUAUAAAGACGGUUCAAUUUAUGAAACAUACACUUUUAAGUCUACAACAACACGACCUGAGAGGUUUAAAGACAGCGGCUUAGAUCUGACAAAUGAACAAAAGUACCCAAUUGAAAUGGAAUUCAAGUUGAAGAAAUCCGGAACAAAAAUAGCCGACCUGUCCGCUUAUCCGAGUCAGGAAGAAUACUUGAUUCCGAUUGGAACGCGAUUCAACGUGAAGGUGGAAACGCCUAAACCUGGAUCAACGGUUCAACGAGUCACGUUAACAGAAAUCGUUUAAAUAUUAACUGUGCUGUAUAACUUUUUAUAUCAAGCAAAAACUACAGCUUACAUAAUCAGCCACUUCGUAAUCGUAAAAUAUGUUUUCCAUUCUGUCAAAUUUCGUGUCUGAAUUUGAAAACUAAAUAAUAAUAUUUACAUAUACACAUUGACACCCUGUUUGAUUCAGUUGUUUCUGUGGCUCCUUUUUCUAAUUCUCUAAAGUGUUAUGAAAAGUUUCAAAACUGACAGAACUACGACUCUUCGGAGCACAGGAAUGGCCCAUUUAACAGUUGCAGGUAGAAACGUGGCUGGAGUUGAAAACGCUUUGAUGCAACCCUUUCUGUUUUAUUAUGUUAAUCACGUUUUUCUUAUGCUAACUGGUAUUUUUGAAGCAAAAUUUCCAUAAGAAAACGAAGGAAUAAAAACCAGGUGAAGAGAAGUCUCACGUUCAUUCAAACGCUAGGAUACUAUGCCCAAAAUUGUAUAAUGGUCUGUUGUGAUUAUUUGAUUCUUAAAUUGGAAAUUGUGACCUUUACAAGUUUCUCUUUAUCUUGUUG